AACAGAGUAUAUUUUGGGAGUUGCCAUAUUGGCACACAAAUCUUAUAAGACAUAAUCUUGAUGUGAUGCAUAUUGAAAAAAAUAUGUUUGACAACAUAUUUAACACUGUCAUGGAUGUUAAUGGUAAGACAAAAGAUAAUGUAAAUGUAAGGAAAGAUCUUUCUUUGUAUUGUAAUCGUCCAGAUUAUGAGUUGAAAAUAAAUGUUGAUGGUAAGAUUAGCAAGCCUAUAACCACUUACACCUUAGGAAAGGAAAGGAAGAAGAUGGUAUGCGAAUGGGUUACAAAUUUAAGGCUUCCUGAUGGAUAUGCAUCUAAUUUGUUGACAUUCAAGCUCUUCAAAUGUCAAAAAUGAAAAGUCAUGAUUGUCAUGUUUUCAUGGAGAAGUUGCUACCAAUUACAUUAAGGGACUUAAUUCCAGAGGCAAUUUGGAAUGUCAUAACUAAAGUUAGCAUGUUUUUUAAAGAUUUAUGUUCAACUGUGUUGCAAGUAGAGCAAAUGCAAAAGCUAAUGGAGAAUAUUGUUGUUACACUUUGCAAAUGGAGAAAAUAUUCCCCCCAAGAUUCUUUGAUUCUAUGGAAUACUUACCAAUUCAUCUUCCAUAUGAAGCAAUGGUUGGUGGUCCGGUACAAUAUCAAUGGAUGUAUCCAUUUGAGAGGAUUUUUGAAGAUGAAUUGGUGGUAGAAAAUCCCAACAUAACUAAGGAAGAGAUUGAGAGGAAGACAAACAAUGAGCUUGCAAAGUGGUUAAAUAAAUAUGUAUUUGACCAAAACAAUGGUGUACUUGAUAGUAGAGUGAAGUACUUGGCUUCUAGUCCUUUUUGAGAAGUGCAUACAUGGCAUCAAUAUUGUCGCACCCAGAAAUGCGAUGCAGACAGCGUGAGAGCGGAGGUUCCGGCCUUCGGAAGGAAGAAUGAAGAAAUGAGAGUCGCCACCAAGAUUUUGAGGAAAAUCUCGGGAAACCGUUUAAAGGUGGAUAAGGAUGGUCUGUGAAAUCAGAGAAUAGGUUCGGGAGUCAAUUGAGUGUGGGGAAGGUGUUAGGCACCCCACAAUACCCGUUCGUGAAAACAGUUACCUAAAGUUUGUUGUGCUAUGUUAAUAUGCUUUUAAAAUUAUUUUAAUUAUUCUUUUUAUAUUCAUGUGUUGACAUAAAAAUGAUAAGAAUUAAGUGAAAAAUAUUUAUUUAUUUACUUACAGGGAGUACUUGACUCAGAAUCUGACUCUGAGGCCUAUGUACCCUGUGAUAGGGAUC